UGACUCGCUGAACGACGGCGACCGUUACUAUGUCUCUUCUAUGUCUUUGUCUUCUUGGCUUUUGGCUGCCUGGUUGCUGUUCGACACGACGACGGACGCCUACGUUUACCCGUGGGAUCACUCUUUGCACAACUGGGUAUAACGUUCAUCAGGCGGCUGGCGGUGCAUUCGCUUUCUCAGGCUCCUCACAUGUAUCAGUGCUAUCACCGUGCCAAAUCUUGUUCGGCUUCGACGGUGGCGCCACCUUCCACACCAAACGUUCAGAUUUUCCAAACUGAUGCGCUGUCGACUCGUGUUUUGGAGAUGAAUGGCAAUGAUGCUUGGUUUGUCGCCUCCUUUUCUCCUACUGCGGCACAAAUGCGUAUUCCAUGCAAGUCCGAGCCCCUUGUUACAGUCAACUCGCUAUCUUCAAUGAGCAUAUUUGAUUUACGGGAUGGUUAACGUUAGUGUUGCAAGGUUAAGCUAUUCUCGCGUACAAGGCCGACUAGCACGGACACCGUCAACAAAGAACAUUGUACGCUGAAAAGGGCCUUUGGAAAGCCUUUGGUUGAAAAGAAUUGCGCACAAUGGAUAAGCCAGAAUAUGUCUGCCAUCUAACCUAUGUAUAGAUGCAACACUCUUCCUGUUGACAUAAGUCGCGUUCGGCGGGCUUUGCAAUUGAUUUCGGAUAUCUAUGCAUCCAGGAAGGUCAAGGAGCUGCCAUUGGACGAUUCUGCCUCCAAACUUUCAAGCUUUGCUUGGAAACGCUUCAUUAGCUCCUGUAAUAGGCUUCAAUCGAAUUGUAUCAACGGUUCAUGUUCACAUCAGACUUUCGAUCGCAAGCACUUAUUCCCACUAUACAACUAUGUUUGCAUGGUGACCUCGCCGCCGUGCUCAAGCCCGUUGCUGCUAGUUCAAACAGUAGACGAAUCAAUUGGAUCUACCCAGGGGGUCAUUGCUUUGCUUCUCACAUUAGAGCAUACUAAUUUUUUCAUGAAGUCCUUCAUCCUUGAGACACGUUACUAUAGUCGAGUUAGGGUCGACCAUGUCGUCGGAAGAGCUUGCAAGCACAAGCAAAUAGGUACUGAUUUGAGGUGCAAGUACGCAUGAUAUAAUGCGCAAAGGUUGAUAGGUACAGCACUAGAAAAUGACUUGCAUUCUAGAUAAUUAAGUCGCACGGAAGCCGCCACCAAUUGACGGCGAUGAGCCUAGGCUCCUAGGCUCAAUGCUGUGUCAGAAACACUUGUUCUCCGUCCGGAUAAUCUAUCGUGUCAUUGACUUAGGCACCAUCCGUACGCAUCUAGAAGCAGAUGUUGCAGAAGACGGGUUAUUCCAUAUCGUGUUAUUGUUAUCCACAGCAUUAUGGGAUGAGAAUCGAACAACCCAUUGACCACAUCUUGUAUUCACGGACCCUGCUUGCGAAGGUUGUACUGGCGGGAUUUAAUCUUCUCUAGUUCAAGGAGAUGGGUUUAUCCUGAUCAUAGGCCAUUGAUAGCAGCGAAAUAUAGCAGCCGCGCCACAUCUGCCAAUGAUAGACUUAGUUCUUGGCCGCUUAGUUUCAGUCCCAGGGGUGGCGUUAGAGUCCAAAAAAGGCAGGCAUCCAAGAUCGCCUCAUCAUAGUCUCAUCCAUGGAGUAGUCUUGAUCGAUUGGUUG